AGUAGGCUCGUCAGUACAGCGCCGUUGUUGUUGGAGGGAUAUACCAAAAUGUAUGCAAGCUCGUGCUAGCAUUGAGCAAUUGGUUUACAAGAAUGCAUGCACAUUAAUGGGUGGAAGUGAAAUGCAAUUUAUCUUUGUUUUCUUGAGCAGGCUUUCACUACGGAGUGAGCGACCGCAACAUUGGAGGUCUCUCAUUAAAACUUACUGGAAGCCUACCCAAGCAUCUCUCAGAUAAUCUCACAUUGUCCAAGAACACCUUCAGAGACACUGAAUACAGCUCCGAAGCAUUGACCAGACCCAUGACUGCUUGAGGGAAGGUGGACCCACCGCAGCCCAUGCUGUUCUCCCUGCCCUCCCUCUUCCUCUAGCUGACACAGAACUGCAAACCAUCCAGGCACACCCCUUCCCUCCUCCACGGCCACCCCAUACCAGGUGGCCUUCCGACAAUGGCCUCUGGUACCGAGACCGUACACUACAUCCAUCUUCACAACUCCAGCCAGUCUGUGCUGGAGGCUCUGCGUUCACAGCGGCGCGAGGGCCUCUUCUGCGACGUGACUGUACGCAUCCACGAUGCGUCCCUUCGCGCCCACGCAUGCGUGCUGGCGGCUGGCAGUCCCUUCUUCCAGGACAAGCUGUUGUUGGGCCACUCUGAGAUCUCUGUGCCGCCGCUGGUGCCUGCAGAGACAGUGAAGCAGCUUGUGGAUUUCAUGUACAGUGGCUCCCUGGUGGUGCUGCAGUCCCAAGCCCUGUGCAUCCUCACCGCAGCCAGCAUCCUGCAGAUCAAGACUGUCAUUGACGAGUGCACUCAGAUCAUCUCACAGAGGAAGGCAGCUGCCGGUGGAGGGGGAGGAGGAGGAGUGAUGAUUGGAGGGGUUCUCCCUAAACAGGAGGAACGUGGAGGAGGUAAAGGAAGCAGUGGCGGCACCAGCGGAAGUUGUGUUGGGGGCGCUGGCAUCGGCGGGGUUUACCAGAGCUUCUCCAACUUUGCCAUGGGGGACUGUGUGGCCAGCAACAUGGGCACAGGCCUGGGCAGUGCUAGCAUUAGUGAAAGUGGACCCGGCACCAUGGAGCAGGCCAACCCAGGAGGGCUGAUGGCCCUGGGGGACAUGGGGCCUGGCUCCAUAUGUGGGACAGAUGGGCUAGGCUCCACAGCCAGCGCUGCUCUCCUUAAACAGAACUCCAGCUGCACUCAGGAUGUGAGGUACAAGCUGAGAGACCUGCUGGCACAGACAGCGAACGCCGGUACCACUGCCAGUAGCACAGGAAGCCUGUCUGUGGGCUGCAGUUCAGGGAUGGGCAGCGUGGACAGCAUCGGCAGAGACAGCAUCCGUGGCAGUACGGCAGACCUCUCGGAUGACCUCGUAGGAAUAGACAGAUUCAGUGAGGAAGAAGAGAUUGAUGGAAGAGACAGAGGGCGAGAUGGAGACAGGGAGAGAGGUGCGGGCCACAGCCGCAAGCAGAGGCAGCCACUCAGACUACAGGUUACCGGAGGAGACGGAGUGGUGGUAAAAGAUGAAGGUAUUCAGGAGGCAUCAGUUUUUUCCUUAGCGGAUGGAAGACGAGACGGAGAGCAGGAUGCCUCACAAGAAUCUAUGGCCAGCUUUGGCCAGGAGUUCUAUGAUGAGCCUGGGGUGUUUUCUGAGAGCUUUUGGCCACAGAGUGAACCUCAGACUAUGUCUUUCAACCAACGAGGAAGAGUUAACAAACCCCUGACCCCCCCUCCUUCCACACAGUCCAUUAACAACCAGUUACUUUUCCAGUACCCGGUUAGCCAGUCUCAGCAGUCAUCGUUUUUUGUGGGAGGACCCAUGGUGAUUGACAGCAUCGCAGGAACUGAUCCAACCCAGCAUGCUCCACCACAACCACCAAUGACGCCAGCCCCACCUCCAUCCACCACUUCCUGUUCGACAGGCCCCUCCCCUUCCUCCCAGGGCUCUGAGACGUCGUUCGACUGCACUCACUGUGGGAAAUCUCUGCGCUCCAGGAAGAACUACAGCAAGCAUAUGUUCAUACACUCUGGUCAAAAGCCUCACCAAUGCUCCAUCUGCUGGCGUUCUUUCUCUCUGCGGGACUACCUCCUCAAGCACAUGGUGGUGCACACAGGUGUGCGGGCCUUUCAAUGCUCCGUCUGUGGCAAGCGCUUCACCCAGAAGAGCUCACUGAACGUGCACAUGCGCACUCACCGAGCCGAGCGUACCUUCCAGUGCAAUGUCUGCCACCGGGCCUUCACCCACCGCACACUCCUGGAGCGCCACGCCCUGCAGCACGCCCACCACACGCCACAGGGGCAGGGGCGCGGGCCUGGCAUCACCUCCCCCAUCAAACACAGCCCCCCAGCCCUGGUCGGGCCCUCAGGUAUGGGUGGCCCCAGUGGGAUGAGCAGCGGGAUGGCCAACAUGGCCAGCCAUGGGUCGUCAUCCUCCUAAAAGAGCAGAGCAGCAGUUCCAAACCAGUCCUCCUUCAUAGUGAACCCCCAACCGAAAGAGCAUCAAACACCCAUUAGCUCAUUUUAGAGAGGUGGAUUGGUGUUUAGUUCAUUUGUUGGGGACUAGGUAAAAGCAAAGGAGUUGCACAUUGUGUUGCUCACAACUCAAAGAUGUGCAGAAGAGAGACAUCCAGGGAUAAGCAAUGACAGAUUAAUUGGGUUAGGGUGAACAUACUGUAAGUAGAGUCAGGGAGAUACCGAUAUAGGGCCUGAUUUUGCUGGACAGAAUUGUAAAGAUAAAGGCAAAGUCUACAUUAAAGGGACAGUUCACCCCAAAAUAUCAACCACAAAGAUGUCUACCGUUUCAAGUGAAAUAUAACAAGUUUGGGCAAGUUUUGUGGCGCUCAAAGCGCCAAAAAGAGAAACUUUAGAAAAACUCAACAGCAACGUCUUCUUUAAAAAAUCAUGACCCACUUACACUAGAAAAUGUUGAACAGCCCCCUUAAUGCUUGAAAUAACCGAGCAAUUAGUUUGACCUCCUAGAAACAAUCAGUUUAUAUACACGAAAAUGUGGCAUUAGUCAGGCUGUUCUGUUUAUCCUCCCCCUUCCUCAAGUGGCCUUCCCGUCAAUUCUAGGAAUUGUUAGUCUUGGAGUUUUGUCAUUGCUUUGCCCCAGCAAAAUAGGGCCCUAAAAGAGGAUUAUUUGAAAGAAAGAGGAUUGUUGAAAAGGUCAUCAAGGAGGGAGGGAGACGAUAGAAGGAGAACAAUUAUACAUGUUUAGAUAAAAGUAAAUGCUGGAAGGAUACGGAGUGACUGCUAGUUGCCAUCAGACGAGCUUGGACUCCGCACCCACAAGUUUGAGGGAAAACAUUGGGGUCUGUUCAUUGACUGUAAUACCUCUUUUUGCCUCUUUUUUGGGGUCUUCCUACAGUUGCUGUGAUUCAUGUUGUUGUACUUUGAUACUUCUGAUAAAUGUGUUUUUGUAAUUGAUUGCAUAUUUUGAUCUCAUUGUUAUGAAACAUCUGCAUGAGUAUUUUAAAACUUGUCCUGGACCACUGCACGCCAGCAAGGAGAAACAGCCAGCUAGCAGCACAAUUUUGCAGUACAGUGCUUAUGAUCAUGAUUCUCCAUAUCAUGAACAGAAGUUUUCUUAUUUAUAAAAAAUUAAAAUAAGAAAAAACAAUCACAGCAGAUGUUGAAAGAAACCAAAAGACAACUUUGCAUUAAAGUGUAUGGGGAGACCUCAAUGUUUCCCCAAAGGGAAAACAAUACAUGUGCCACUGGACGGCCCAGGAUCAUAUACCUCGAAACAGGAAGGCAGAAAAGAAAAGUGUACUAUGUUUUAUUUUGAAAUGUUUUCGGAACAUUUCAGCAUGUUUUACACCUACAAUUACCUCAGUGGUCCAAAGACGGGCAUUAUGGUCCACAUAUCUAAGCUUCAUAAAAUAAAAUGAAGAGUUGAAACAUAAGUUUAGAAACAUAUUUUUACUUUGUAAACCUACUAAAGAAUCUACUGUAGUGUGCAUUUGUCUGUAAGUCUUUAAAGAAAAAAAGAUCUGGCAGGAAAUUCAAAAGAAUUGGAGUCUACAUGAGCCACCAAGUAAAACUUGGUUGUCUAUUAUCUAUUGAUCAUUUUAUUAGGCUUAACGUGUAUUUGUUGCUAUGUUAUGCAUCAGGGCUGUUGCCAUUAGAUGGGAAUGGUUGAAAAGAAUUGAACCUUUUCUCCAACAUACCAAUAUAUAUUUUUUUAAGUUUUAGUUUGUUUGAUUAAUCAUGCAACUAUCCCUUAGUAGAUAUUGACUAGAAGUCAACAGUGUGGUGAUAUGAAUUACUACAUAAUUUAUUCAAAUUAUGUAUCCUAUGCACAGUCAGUUUUGCACAAUGUGUAAUUUUAUUUAGUACUAGUCGUUGAACCCCAGAUAUUUGUGAGACAAAUCUCCCAUCUCUAGCUUAUGUUAUUGCAGAGAUUUUAAAAGUUUUUCUUACCUUAAAGGUAAUUUGUUACAUAAACCUUAUAUCUACAGUCAGUGAUUGACUCUUGUUUAACUAAUGUUAUGGUCACCUUAGACUAAAUCUCACUUAAAGCUUUGACAUAGAAUGUCCCACUUUAAAAUAAUAGUUUCUUGAUCACAGGGAUAUAUCAAAGCUAGGCGCUACAUUGGUGAAGCCAUUUCCUUUUCAACCUGUUUAUGAAAGUUUCAUAGAACUGAGAUGAUCUCGUAUUUCUUACACAGUAUGAGAUGGCCCAAAAAACUUUUAAAGAGCUCAGAUCUUUUAAAAGUUCCAGCACCUAGGUCAGGCAUGAUUAUUAGCCUGUUUAGAGAUUUUAAUGUAUCCUCGGAAACUCCUAAUGGUUAGUACAUUUAGUCUGAGGUGGACCCAUGUACAGUGCUGUCUUAUGUGUGCUUCAAAGCCAUGUUAAAAUGCGUCCCAUAAUUAUCAUGUAUGGUUUUUGCCUUUUUAUUUGCUUUUUUGAACAAAGGGUGAUGUUAACUGUUUUUAUUACAUUCAUGUACAUUUAACAGAAGUAAAAAAUGUCAUAAGAAAAUUCUUUUUAUAAAUCCCAUGGUAUAUCACCUCUUAUGUAUUUAAGGACUAAAGGCAUGAUUUAACUUUUUAUGAAAAAUUACAUGUUAUACUACUUCAAUAAUUAUUGAACUUUAAAACUUGUGAUUUUAGACAUUUCAAAGAAUUCUUUGUCCAAAUAAAGUCUGAAUUGGCCAAAUGUAGUUUUAGCCUUGCAAAAUCCUUUUUUACAAAUGUGUGUAAAAUUAUUUGAUUUUUGCUAUUUCUUAAAAGAAAAAACGUGUUGUCAGUGUACAUCUACUCGGUUCUAACCAGUACAUUUGAAAGUAUAAGAGCUCCUUUUUAAUGCCUUAGAUUAAGUUUCAUUCUAGCCCAAACCUUUGAAGGUCUGUCUGGCGGUGCCUAAACUCUGUCCAGAAGGCCUCUGUUACUCAGCAACAUCUGUUCCAGUAACACUUUUUCCCGGCAUGCCGAGGGACACAGGCCCUCCCAAGAGUGGCCUUUUGUGUGCCCCAUUGUCAAUUCCAUCAUUGUCUGCGGAAGUCUGUUCCUAUAAUGCCAUGAUGCGAUAAACCUCUUUAGAGGCCAACAUCAUUGGGUUUUAAAUUAAGUUACUGAGUUUUGUAUUCUUUUAUUUCAUGGAAACAUCUUGGAAGUUGAAUGGGCAAAAUGCAAUGUUAAAACUUACUUUUCUAGGAGUCCAUUCAAGUUCCAAAUUUGUUAUUUUUAUUU